AAUUGCUUUCUUAAGAUCGGCAACAGAUAUAUGUAAUCCAUCAAAUGAUACCGUAUCAUAGUCCAGAGUAGAUUUGAAUUUAUAAUGGACAGACAUCUUUUAUCCAAUAUCUACGCAACGUAACAUCGCAUGCGCACGGCGAAUAAUAUUAAGGCCUCUACAUAAUUUGGUUCCAUUUUCCAUGGGCGACAGUACACACAACUAACUACAAACAAAAUUCUAUAGUCAAAUUCAAGAAAACUGUAUAGUUUGACUAAAUAACACGUGGUUUUCAAUAAUUAAAUUUAAUUUAAUGUUAUUUACUUUCUAUUUUUGUAUUUACAGUCCAAACGAAUUCUAAAGUAUUUAGAAAAAAAUACUAGAUGAUAUAUCGAUAAAUACAUUUAACAAACAAUGCAAUCUGUCAAGGAAGUAAUUUUAACCAGCACAAACACGUCUGGAACAUGGACAGCAACAGUUUAUAAUUACAUUACAGGUUCUGUGAUUGCAACUCACAAAAAACCAAAUGUAUCAUAUCGGCAUUUACAGAUUAUCAAUGAUACCUAUCUCAUAGCAACGGAUACUAAAAAUCCAUAUUUAUAUUAUUGGUCUUUACAUAAACCAAGUCAUACACAACAUCAACGGUUAAUUACACCGGGAAUAGUUACUGCAUUAUCAUGUACACCGGACGGUAGUUACAUCGUUUUAGCUGUAGAUGAAAAAAUAUUCAUUUAUCAAGCAUCAACUGGUCAACUAUUACAAACUUUAUCACGACACUAUCAAGCAGUAACAAAUAUAUGUUUCAAUUCCGAUGGAUCGAGUUUUGCAACCUGUGGUGAUGAUGGAUUUGUAUUUUUAUGGUGUUUAACAGAUGUAAUUAAUAAUUAUAAUCAAGCUGCUCCUUAUCGUGAAUUCUCAGAUCAUACUCUACCAGUAAAAAGUAUUUAUCUGGGAAAUUUUGGAAUUAUGUCACGUUUAGUAACAGUAUCAUUAGAUAAAACCGCAAGAAUUUAUAAUGCCAGUACAGGAGAUUGUUUAGCAACAUUAAUUUUUGAUACUGCACUAAUGUCUGUUUGCUUAGAUAGUAACGAAUCUAAUUUAUUUAUUGGAUGUUCGAAUGGUAUUAUCAAAUAUUUAAAUCUACGCUGUUUACCUCGUGAUCUUAAUGUAGACAUAGAAAAUAAUUCAGUUUCACUCCAAGGUCAUUCGAAUCAAGUUACUCAUUUAUCCAUUUCUGUAGACUGCAUGACACUUAUAUCAGGAGACGUAGAUGGAAAAAUUAAUAUAUGGGAUAUUCCAAGUCGACAAAUAGUUCGAUCAAUUAUGUGUCAAAGUCCAGUUCUUACGGCUACGUUGAUACCAAAUUUUUCAAAUUCUACAAGCGAGUUAAAUUGUAAAUACACAAUUCCACCAUUCGAGAGACCAAAUCAUGAAAAGAAAAAUAAUGUAAUUCAAAUUUCGACGUCAAAAAAUGAUGAUUUCCUGUUAAAUGAAGACUUAUAUUUAAGGAAUAACAAUCAAUCUAGAAGAUGUAAUAGUAAUUCUUCUUCGAGAGUAUUUAGAAAAAAUAUAAUCGCGACUGAAAAGAUGGAAAAAAUUAAUUCUGAAUUAUAUCAAUAUAUGAUACAAUACUUAAUUGACAAUGACAAACGUUAAAAUAUAGAAAAAAUUUAAAUUAUGUCUGUAUUAUAAUUCCAAAUUGUAAUUAAGAAUAAUUAUUGAUACAAAAUUUAUUGUGUAAAAGUGUAUCAUAAAAGUUUUAAUUUGUGACAAAUAAACAAUUAAUAAUUUUUACUUUUAUUUUCAUCAUUGUGAUUAAUGUUAUGAUGAUUAGUAUCAAAUAGAUUCAUAUACUUUUGUUCCAACCAGCAUCGUUUAAAACUAGAUAUAACAUCACCCAAAAUACACAGUUGUUCCACUGUAAUUAUAAAAAAUUUUAAAAAUGAAUGAUUAAUUAGUAUUUAAAGUAAUAAAUAUUUUCAACAAAAUGGUACGUGCCUAUCAAUACCAUAGCUGUUAUAGCAAAAAUACUUCCAGAGAAUAUUGAGUAAGAUAAUUGGUUAUACAGUAAUAUGAAUAAUGUUGGAGCUUCAUGAGUGAUAAGACCAAUUAUUAUAUUUAAUAACCAAGGCAAAAAAAGAUGUGGUAUUUUCCAUUUUUCACCAACACACAUUAAAGCAGUGGUGAUUAUCGCAGAGAAACAGUUUUCGAUUGGAAUUUUUAUUUUAAUAUCUGGAAAAAUAGAGUAUAAAACAUUUAAUAUACAAAUAUUGUAAAUAUUUAUUUCUUUAUGAAUUAAAACUUAAGAAAAUUGGAAAGUAAAUCAAGUUUUUAUCAGCAAAACUAACUGUAAAGUCUAAGAUGAGAUAUUUAGAUUGAAUUAGUUUUGGUAUAGAUUCAAUUUUAUUCAUUAGAAUCAAUUGAUCAUUGAAUUAAGAUAAGUUAAAGCUGGAAAACUCCAGAUUCUAGAAGCAAAUGAUAUUUUCAUGAUCUCCCUAAAACAAAACAGACUGGGUUCAUUUUGGAAGAUUAUGAAAAUGUUUCUCUUUGCUGUAAAAAAACAUAGUUUAUACAGUUAAGAAAUAAAUAAAUAUUCUACCAUAAUUUCUGCGAAAAAGAGCAUUAAAAGUAGCUGCUCUUGUUACUGAGUGUCCCAAUGGUGAUCGUGCUCCAAUCUCAAGAAUAAUAUAACUUAAACAAGAGAUCAAAAAAUAUGUUAAAGUCAUAUACAAUGUUUCAACCUAAAAG